AUGUCAAACCUCGACUUGAGUCGUGAUGCAGACGAGCCUAGACCAAAAGUCUACCACAUUGGCUGGAGGCUACAUGCCUUGACUACAGGGCAGACCACCAUCGUGAACACCUCUCUCGUGUCCAUCGUCAACGCUCUCGAUGGCUUCAACCAGAGCGGCUGGGUCUCCAUCGCCUGCGGCCUCUCCAACUCUAUGUUGCUCCUGUACAAUCGUGUUCCGGGCCUUCCAGGGAACGGGUGGGUCAGGCAUCUCGCCGUGUCGACGAUCGUGGUACCCUUGAUGGUUCCGCCCCAGAAAUACGCAACAUAUAUCGCCAUCAUCACGUCCGUGUUCGCCUUUUCUAGCGUUCUUGGUCUGCUUCUAGGUGGAGCAAUCACCGACGCUACGACUUGCGAUGGUGGGCCGGGCGGAGCACUCGCGGCUAUCCUGGUGGCUUUUUCAAUACCCUUUAGUUUUCCCUAUGGGGAAUCGACUCGUUUCUUCCGCUCUAUGAUAUCGGAGCGAGCAUGGAAGCGCAUUGAUUUUCUCGGCGCGUUCAUGUCUUUGGCUGCCUCCAUCCUCCUCUCCUGGAACAGCGGUGCCAUCGUUGCCGUCUUUGUCAUAUCAGCAAGACAGCUUUCCACAUGGAAUGUCGUCUGCGAGCCCAUCUUCCCAUGGAGACUUGCCCGUAACAGAUUUGUCUUGGUCUUACUUUUCAACGGAGUCCUAACGGGGUUUCCCUUUAUGGCUGCCAUCAUCAACAUCCCUCAGAGGCUGCAGACGGUCAACUCCAUGACCGCCAUCGGCGCUGGCAUUCGCUUGCUGCCUCUCCUCCUCUCUCCUGUCGCAAGUGCUGUCUCUGGGCUUCUCAUGACGAGGUUGAAAGUUCUCCCCCUUUAUCUGCUCAUUAUCGGAGGCUGUCUCCAGGCGAUAGAUGUCGUCCUGUUUAGUUCUCUCGACUCGACCAAUCUUGAAAUCCAGUCGGCUCAAUACGGCUAUCAGGUCCUUAUGGGAUUCGGCUUCGGCUUCAGUCUCAGCACCAUCUUGAUGAUGGCACCCUUGGUCGUGCAGCAGAAGGACAUGGCCGUUGGCAUGGGCUCCGUCACGCAGAUCCGCAUCCUCGGGGGAACAAUUGGGUUUGCGAUAUGCUCCGCGCUUUUGAAUAACCACAUCAAGGCCGAAGCAUCUGGAUUUCUCACAGUGGAGCAGGUCGCAGCUUUGCUAGAGUCGUUUCAGGUGGUCAAGCUGCUGCCAUCGGAGGUGCAACUUGAGGCCUGA